CCUUUUCCCACCCUCCGUCAUCUUCGACCCUUUUUCUUCUACUUUUCUUCUCCUUCCCCUCGUGACUCCUUCAACUUCGAUUAUCUCCGUCAUCGCUUAGAGCACUGCAUCUCUUCCGAUGAAGGACGAAACACGGCUGAUUGCACUGAUAUUGGUCCUCGCCGUCAUUGAACUAGCGUAGUGAUUUUGAUUCCCAGUCACGAUCACCCGACUCUGGCGACCAAACCCGGGCAAGCCGGAUACGGUAUUUCAACGCCCGACUUGACGCCAGGUGCUCAGCAGCAGAGAGCCUGCAACAGAUCCUCUUUCUCCGCUCAGCGACCUCAUGCAACCUGCUUGAUUACAUCCACACAACCGAGAGUCGGUCAAUCGCCCACCAUCACCCACUUUCGCCGAGUUUAUUCCUCCGCGACUCGACGACAUCUCAUUCCCUCCCUUACUCAACCAAUCGCCAACCCAACCACUCACUCGGCUUCUGAUCUCACCGCGGGCUUGGCUGACUCUCUCCUCCACCAACUAACAUUGCGAAGCGGCCCACCAUAACUUCAGGACGAACAUCCGAACCACAUUCUUCUUCAAACCCCCGUUUCACCUUUUCACGCUUGUCGUGGGUCGCAUCGCAACCUCGACUCGCUUAAGUGACUCGUCAUACCCUGCUUCGCCGGAACUUGUUCCAUUUUGUCAACCCCCGGCUUCCUAGGCGUCAGUGAAGUUGUUCGGCAAUCAAAUCCGUCGCGGAUGCUCAUCGGAAAUCCGGCGGGCAGCAUACUUUUUUCUCUCGCCCUGACCUUACCCAUUUUCACCAUCCCGCCACGCCAAUCACGUCAACCGGUUGCAAUUCAAGUUCAUCGGUCGCAAUUCGCCGCCGUUCGUCCCAGCUGACUAACCUUGAAUCCCCUCAAGCCUUAAGGUCGAAGCCAUCUCAGCCCACGACCAUGGCGCAUCGAGAUAUGGAAAUCUUGCCGUGGGAGUGUCGUGAUGUGGAGGAUCACGCCGAAGCUUACUACAACCACCCGCUUCGGUCCAAAAACAAGGUGCUCGCUGAUGAGAACGAAAGAUUGAAGAAGCUUCUCCGCGAAAACGGCAUCGCUUGGUCGUCCAUCUCCGCCGCCUACCAAAGGCAGGGCCGGGCUGGCCGACGCACUCGCUCCUCCAUCUCGUCCCAGACUCACCCGUAUCCCUAUCUACCGACUGAGGUCUUGUUGCGCAUUCUCAAGUACUCUUUGACGUCCAAGGACCCCAUCAUUGAUCCUCUGUCGAAGCUCAAGCCCGAAAACCUGACCCCCCACGAGAGAAGUCGCGGCAAUCAAAUUGCCAUUCACUUCUUGGUGACAUGCAAGGCCAUGCACGAGGAGGGCAGUCGCAUACUGUGGGGCCAGAAUUCUUUCGCCUUCACCACGCACGAGGCCGUUCGCAACUUUGCCGACCUGGAUUUGGCCUACCGCAAGAACAUCAAGCACGUCAACUUCCGUAUCAUUGCCCAAUUCUUCGACGACAAAAAGCGCAAGCACAAGCUCGAACGGUCGUACCACCCCGCCCUCAAGAGCGAUAUUACUCUUCGCACGAUCCCCCGCGUCAAUGAGCAUACCUACGCUCGCGGCGGCUUCCGCUGCUACUCCUGGGGUCAGGUGACUGACUUCCUUCGCGCUCUCCGCGCUCCCUACGACCCGAAGCACGACCUGAAGCUUGUCCGCCCAAGACUUUUUCCCGGUCUCGAGUCUCUCAGAAUCGACCUCGUCAACUUCUUGGACGACUUCUUACCCAUGCCUGGCAGCGAUCUUCACGACAUGGCUUCCCAUGAGCUAGGUUGCUCCCUCAACGAGCUGCAAGUAACCGGCCUGCCCAUCGAUGACGCUGGUAGCAAGGCGACAGGUGAGCUUACCGGCCUUUUGCGCGAUGAGGGUCUUUUUCUAGCCGGUCUCCCCUCGUUCGUUCAGCUCAAGAACGCGCUCAAACCACUUCCCGGUAUCUCGAGUUGCGCCCGUGUUGUUCGGGCCUGGAAGACUUUGAAGACGAAGAAGGGUAGCGACGAUUCGUCAUCCAACGAUAUUGAUUCGGAUUCAGAGUCAGAGGUGGGCCAUCACCAUCCUCGCGAACCCAUCAUGCCGCCUGCCCCUCGGGAGGAGGGCCACCCCAAAUCUGCGCCCAACCGCAAAGAUCUCACCAUCUGGAAGAAGGUACCCAAAACCAGAGAUGGGGACGAACGCCAGUGGACUGAGUUCUGUCGUAGCAGUGGCUACCCCAUGGAAGAUAUUGAAGAGAUGAUGGGCGAUGAUGAUGAGCUUGGUGUCUGCCCCUGCUGCGGCGAGCCUCAUCCCAGUCUGCUCGACCUUCUUGAGAUGGACAUGGACAUGGACGAGUUUUAAGUGCCGAGCAUCCUACUACGACAGGCAUUUGUCUUGACUUGUUGGUAUCAAACGGCUAUACAAUAUUGAGGACUAAGGAUCAUUUGAAAAAAUGGACGCGUCAGGAGUUUGUCACGCAUGGUAUUCGAGGGGUGGUUUGAGGAUAUCGGAAGGAAAAGCUUACGGAGUUACUUUGCUCAGGACACGAGAUUAUGAUACCACACUUUGCCAAGGGCACAUAGAUACCAUGUUUAGCUAAUGAUGGGGCACAUAAGGUCGGCCUCUACCCCAUGCUAUGGAAUUCAAACAAUACUCACG